AUGGCUACAGUAAAUAAUAAUAAAAGAAAUUCCCCAUUUAAAAGAAGGCCUGCAACAUUCAUGGUUAGUUCAGUUCCUAAGGUUGCAUUUAAUUUUAAAAAGAGAAAAGAUAUAAAUAAAUUGGAAGUAAACAAUGAAACUCCAAUAACAACAGCAAUAUUAGAAAUAACGAAUAAUAAUAAUAAUAAUAAUAAUAUUAAUAAUAUUAAUAAGGAAACACCCUCCUCACCAACACUAAACCAGCUUAAAGAUCUUUCAAUUAAUGAUACCUGUACAGAUUCACCAAAAUCAUUAGAGGAAACAACAUCUAUAUCAGCAUCGACAUCAACACCAACAACAAUACUGGCCUCAGCAUCAAUAGAGGCAAAAACCAAUUUAAAUGAAUUAUCACAAGGCUCAAAUCUAGUAUCAUCAAUUUCAACAUUACAUUUAUCAAAUGAAAGUGAUAAGCUGCUUAAAACACCAUCAUCAGCAAAUAGUAGUGGUAAUGGUAAAACACCAAAAACAAUUAAAAGAGUUAAAUAUGCCGAUGAGGUUAAUCAAGAUUCAAACAAUGAAAAGAAUCAACUUGUAAAUAUAUAUCAUAUUAAUAAUAACGAAGAUCAAAAUGAAAUCAGGGAUAGUAACAAUUACAACAAUAAUGGUAACAAUAACAACCAUGACAAUAAUAAUAACAAUGAAUCAAUACCAAGAACACCAAGUAAAAAUCCAGAAAAAAUUCCAACAUCGAGAGAAUCAACACAAAGAAUUGCAAUUUUAAAAAAUAUAUUAUUAGAAAAAUUAAAAAACACACCACCACAUCUUAAAAAACAUGUUAGAGAAAUCAAUAAGCUAUUUUUACUUCAAGUUGCCAAAAUACCAAUACCAAAGCAAGAUCAACAACAAGCAAUAACAAAAAGACAGAUUUUGGAACAGGAGCAAUUAUCAAUAAUAAAUAAAGCAAAAAAUAAUUUUAAUAAUAAUAGUACAGUUGAUGAUAGUUUAAAUAGUAGUAAUGGCAAUAAUCCGAAUAGUGAUGUCAAUAAUAGUAAUAAUAAAAUUUCCAUACCACCCAAUAUUGGCAAUUUAAAAAAUUUAGAACUUUUAAUUAGAAUCGAUACAUUAAAAAAUUUAAUAGAAAAAUGGUCAAAUGAAGAAAAGCAUUGGAAAACACUAUUAAAAGAAUAUUCAUCAAGUGGCAAGGAGGGCAUAAUACUGCAAACACCAUCCAGAACUAAGCUAGCAGCAACUUCAAAUGUACACUCAUCACAUAAAAAACAAAUAACAACAAAUAAAUCAAAAAAUAAUCAAAAAGAUAAUACCAAUAAUACCAAUAAUGGUUUAAUGGUUUUGAAUAAUACAAAUGAUAUAAAUAAUAUCAAUGCUAAUAAUAAUAGCAAUAACACGACAGGUCUAAAUGAUGUUAGAAUGAAACAAAUCACAGAUAAUAUUUCAAAACUUUCGAUUCAGUUAGAUGAAUUUUUACCAAAAUUAAAACAAAUUCAAAAGAAUUCAUUAGAAAUAGAAAAGUUUUAUGACGAAACAUCAUUACAUUAUCAAAAGCAAUCAUUUAAAAAUUUAAAAGAUGUAGAAAACCCCAAAAAGCUUAUCAAAAAUUUACUUUCAAAUCCUAUUCAAUUAUCAAAUACAUUGCCACAUAAUAAUAGUAUUAAUAAUGAAUAA